CCCUGCAUUGGCAUAUGCAUGCCCCGUUUGCCGCUGAUGAUGACGCGGGGUCAUCGCGACCUCGAACUCCAGCUCCGGAGCUUUACUUGACAACAUUCCAUAGACUUCACACCUUCUGCGCGACUGGCAAACAACCGAAAGCUUCAGUCCGGCACAAUGUCUCGCCGAGAUGAUGAUCUGGCAUAUGGCGACUACCAUGGGCAGGGAGGCGAGGAGGGCGAUCGCGGAUUUGUAGGUGACAUGGGUCGGCGUUUUGGCUUUGGCAGAAAAGAGAAUAACCAACACUCAUCCUCAUCCUCAAACCAGGGCAGCGGCGGCAUGUCGUUCUUCAAGAAGAUCCACGACCCGCUUCACGGCUUCGUCUCUGACCUCAAGGAUGCCAUAUCCGGAGACGAUAACGCGCAGAAGCCUCCGCCAGGUACAUACGAACAACAGGGAGGGCAGCCACAGCCCGGGCAAGAGUACCACGAGCAACACCGCUUCUCAAGCUUCGCGCCUGAACGUCAUGGCAAUGACAUCAAGUGGUAUGUCGAUGGAUGCAGCUACAUGUAUGCUGUUUCCAUAGCUCUGGAGCGCGCCAGGGAGUCGAUAUGGAUACUUGACUGGUGGCUCUCCCCCGAGCUGUAUCUCCGUCGACCGCCAGCGAAGAACCAACAGUACCGGGUCGAUAGGAUGCUGCAAGCGGCAGCGGAACGCGGUGUCAAGGUCAACAUUAUUGUAUACAAAGAAGUGACCCAAGCUCUGACUCGUAAGUUUUUAAAUCCAACGUUACCCGACUAUCUUCAUUCUCUCCUACCGAGUUCGACGGACAGGUUCACCAAAGGCCUCACGCGAGUCGGCCUAGAUGUCAUAUUCAAAAGUCUUGAAGAGUGGGAAAAGACAGAUCCGCUGAUUGCCCCUCCUAUUACAGUUUCUUCAGCUCAUACCAAGCACCACUUGGAAGAUCUCCAUCCUAACAUUGGCGUUUUCCGACACCCCGAUCACCUGCCAGAUGCAGCAGUACUACAGUCGUCUUUCUUUGCAGCCAUGAAAAACAUGUCUUUCACCCCAGCAAAACUCGCCCAACUUCCUGGAGACGGUCUCAAGGCCAUUUAUGGUGCUCACGAGGGCACAGUUAUGUACUGGGCGCAUCACGAGAAGCUCUGCCUGAUCGAUGGCCACAUCGCGUUCAUGGGCGGACUGGAUCUCUGCUAUGGUCGUUGGGACACCAACCAACACGCAAUCGCUGACGCGCAUCCUGGCAACAUCGACCGCAUUGUGUUCCCAGGCCAGGAUUUUAAUAACGCCCGCAUGCUCGACUUCCAGGAUGUGACCAAUUGGGAGAACAACAAACUCGAUAGGACACAAAGCUCUCGUAUGGGAUGGUCUGACGUGGCUUUGUGUAUCUCUGGCCCGGUCGUACAGGAUCUUCGUACUCACUUUGCGCAACGCUGGAACUUCAUCUAUGACGAGAAGUACAGCAAAAAGGCUACUAGAUACGCCAGACUACCAGAGACUAGCAGUGGAGCUCAACAGGCUCCCAUGCAACAGCGCGGAUUUGAAGGCGAAGAGGAAGGCGAACGUGGCUUUGGUCGUGAGGAGGAGGGCGAGCGAGGGCUGUUCGGACACGGUGCUGGUGGACACCUUCGCCAGAAGAUGCAGAGCAGGUUCGAACAGUACGGCCAAGAACAUGGAUCGCAAUAUGGCCAGCAACAGUCCCACGCGGAACAUAGCUCCCAGCAAGGUGGUGUGGAUUGCCAAAUUACUCGUAGCUCUGCCAAAUGGAGCCACAACUUGGUCACUACCGAGCAUUCUAUCCAAAAUGCCUACUGUGAGGUCAUCCGAAACAGCAAGCACUUCAUCUACAUCGAAAACCAGUUCUUCAUCACUGCUACUGGCGAUCAACAGAAGCCGAUCAAAAACAAGAUCGGAGCUGCUAUGGUCGAACGCAUCAUUCGCGCUGCACGUAAUGGCGAGAAGUACAAGAUGAUCGUCAUGAUUCCCGCAGUGCCAGCAUUUGCUGGUGACUUGAAGCUUGAUGAAGCCCUGGGUACUCGCGCUAUCAUGGAGUUCCAGUACGACUCAAUCAACCGCGGUGGUCACUCGAUCUACGAGGAAAUUGCUAAAGCUGGAUUCAACCCUAUGGACUACAUCCGAUUCUACAACCUUCGCAGCUACGACCGCAUCAACUCUAGUCAGAUCAUGAAAGAGGCAGAGCAGCGCAGCGGCGUCUCGUAUAAUCAAGCAUCAGAGGGUUACGACGCAGCACAUGACAACGCUCGUGGCUACGAGGCUUAUCGUCCACCGCCCACGCAGGAGUACGGCGUUUACGAGAUGGAUGGUUCCGGUCGUCCUCCAUCUCACGGCCGACCCGAUGCUGGCCCGCAGAGUCAGGGCAGACCAGGUGAUUACGAUCGCUACCAGCAGGAAGCAGCCAAGAUUGGUGGUCGUCAAGGACUCGGCGACGGACGCUGGGACACUGUCAGCGAGUGUUAUAUGCUUGGUGGCGAAGACAUCCGUAGCGUGCCUUGGGAGGGUAGUGCUGCCGAUGAAAUGGACGCCUUCGUGUCUGAGGAAUUGUACAUCCACAGCAAGCUUUUGAUCGCCGAUGACCAGAUCGUUAUUUGCGGCUCUGCAAACCUCAACGACCGUUCCCAGCUCGGCGACCACGACUCGGAGAUUGCGGUUAUCAUUCAGGACCCUAGGCCGGUCGACUCUUACAUGGACGGACGGCCAUACCGUGCAUCAGAGUUCGCUGCUAGUCUACGAAGAGAACUCUUUAGGAAGCACCUCGGUCUACUGAAGCCUCAGGACAUGGAGCGUCCGACAGCCAACUACCAGCCUAUCGGUGUUCCCAAUGAGUACGACUGGGGCUCGAACGAGGACCGACAAGUCGUUGAUCCAUUGUCUGAUGACUUCCAGAACUUGUGGAACUGGAGAGCGCACACCAACACACAAGCUUUCGGUAAAAUAUUCCACCCUGUGCCGAGCGACGAAGUCAAGAACUGGAAGCAGUACGACGAAUACUAUUCCCGGUUUUUCGGACAGGACGAGAAGGCAAAGGAGAACAAGAAGCCUUCCAUGUACAAAUGGGGCCACGUGGUUGCAGAGAACUUUGGGCAGGGCGAGCAAGGCGUACGCGAGGUCAAGGAGGUGCUCAGCACCAUCAAGGGAAAUUUGGUGGAGAUGCCCCUUCUUUUCUUGAAGGAAGAAGAUAUUGCGCAGGAAGGUGUGGGACUGAACGCCGUCACUGAGGAGCUUUACACCUAG